AUGUGCUGUGGCGUCAUAAAAGCCAGCGCAGCGUUGGUGUCCACCUCAAACUGCAGCAGCAGCAACACUGCACUCCAGGCUUUCAUCUGUGGUAAAAUGUCUCCCCACACCAGUCUCCUGCUGCUCUUCAGCUUCUUGGCCUCUGUUCACCACGGUGUAGGUGUGCCGCUGUUGAAGUGUCGCUCGCAGGACCCCCAGGACCCUCCAGUGCGGAGUAGACGCUGUGCCUGCAGCAGCCUGCUGGACUCUGAGUGCCACUACUUCUGCCACUUAGACAUCAUCUGGAUCAACACGGCCAGCAAGACCAGUCUUUACGGCCUGGGCUCCGGAACGCCCCGUCACCGGAGGUCGGCCUCCCGCUGCCUCUGUGCCAGCACAGACGACCACAGCUGCGCCCACUUCUGCAGUUCCAAACCACCGAGCCGAACAGCAUCAGCACCACACAGGCCAGUCCUGGACGUUCUCCACAUGUUUAAAACCACAAUGGAGAUUUCUCCCAGUUCCCAGAAUGCCCCGACAGAGCGCGACAGUGUGGUCCAGUGA